UAAAUAAUUUAUUGCAAAUAUUUUUUUGCAAUCAGUUUGUAAUGGAUCGCUCAACCGAAAUCCAUAAAAGGACGGACGACAUAUUUCAUUAAUUUUAUUGGCCGAUUUGCAAAACGGACGGAAAAUGGCGUUGCAGGGUUUGGAAAGACACGGUGUAUUUGUGGCCCUUGUUACAUUGCUGAUAAGUUUUAUGAUUUUGAUGAACGAAAUAUCAAUGAUCAAAUAUAUCUAUGUGUUCCACGACGAUGAGGGAUUAAGUAUCCAAUUUAUUCUACAGCAUUGUGGCAUAUUUGCAAUGGGCUUGUUAACUGCUCUGUCGGCUACUCUGUUGAUCUGGGGAAUUGUAAAGAAAUAUUCUAAACUUAUUGUACCAUGGCUAACAUUGGCCAUAUUGUCGGCUGUGGUAUUCGCCUGCUGCAACAUCUACGACAUCAUAUAUAGAAAUCAUCAAUGGGAUGAUAUAAUGUUUGUUGUUGUUAUGAUUGGAAUUCCAAUUAUCAUCAUCCAUCCCAUGUAUGUGAUGUAUGCUGAAAUUCGCAAGGAAACCAUAGAAGCCGCCGAAUACGAUGGAGAAUAUCAAUCGAAUGAAAAUAAUAAUUUCGGCGAUUAUUUCGUAAGGACAAUAUAUUAAAAUGAUAUGCUUGAUAUGAAAUUUUGUAAGAUGAAAUAAUUAUUUUUAAAUGUUUAAAAAAAAUAUAUAAAACUCUAAAUAGAUUUUAUUAUAGA